ACUAACAAGGAAGUGAAAACUGUCCUCCCACUUUUUAGUGCAUCUGAACUGCCAGGAUGACUUCUACUGACGUUAAUCUGUCCUGUGUCUUACAUAAGACGAUGGAUAUGAGAAUGGAGGAAAGAACGAUUCCCAUGCCUGGACCAGGAGAGGUUCAAAUUGAGAUGCAUUCAGUUGGCAUCUGUGGCUCUGAUGUGCACUACUGGACCAACGGUCUAAUUGGUGACUUUGUCCUAACCACCCCAAUGGUUCUUGGACAUGAAUCAAGUGGCACGGUAUCCGUCGUUGGUGAAGGUGUAACCCACCUUAAAGUGGGUGAUAGAGUUGCCAUUGAACCUGGUGUAAGCUGCGGGCGAUGCAAGUUCUGCAGGACUGGCGUCUAUAACCUGUGCCCUGACAUCCUGUUCCUAGCUACUCCCCCGGUCCAUGGCUCAUUGGCGAGGUACCAUGUGCAUGCUGCCAAUUACUGUUUCAAGCUUCCUGAGAAUGUGAGUAUGGAAGAGGGUGCCCUUUGUGAGCCUCUGUCAGUUGGUAUCCAUGCUUGCCGAAGGGCUGGUGUCACUUUAGGGAGUGCAGUCCUCAUCUGCGGAUCGGGUGCUAUCGGUCUGGUCAAUCUGGUCACGGCUAAAGCUAUGGGAGCAUCUAAAGUAUGUGUGACAGACAUUUCCGAAAGUCGUCUCGAGGCUGCAAAGAAGAUGGGUGCUGAUCACACAAUCCUCGUCAAGAGUCGAGACGCCAAAGCUCUUGCUAAAGAAGUGGAGGAUGUGAUGGGAGAAAUGCCAGACAUAACUAUAGAAUGUAGUGGUGCUGAGUCCAGUAUUCAGUUAGCUAUCUAUGCUACAAAAUCUGGUGGAUGUGCCGUCUUGGUUGGGUUAGGUCCACCAGAAGUCAAACUGCCCAUUGUGAAUGCUGCCUGCAGGGAAGUGGACAUUCGAGGCAUCUUUAGAUAUAAAAACACUUAUCCAACAGCCAUCAACAUGAUUUCCUCAGGAGCUGUGAAUGUAAAACCUCUCGUCACUCAUCACUUCCCAUUGGAAAAGUCCCACGAUGCAUUUGAAACUGCCAAAACUGGUGCUGGAAACGCCAUCAAAGUUGUCAUCGAUUGCUUCAAGUCAAAAUAAAGUGAAAUUCACCAGAUGAACUUACCAAGGACUUUCAUGAAACGAGGUGUAAUUGAAAUUGAUUGGUGAUGUAUUACAAGUACCAGAUAAGAACAAGAGGCCAAGGGCCUGGCGCUCAGCUGAAACACUUGAUGCAAACCCGUUUAUCUUUGCCAGCUUAAUAUCUCUGUGUGCCAGUUGGUGAACUGAAAUAAGUGGAAGUGGGCUGUCGAAACAUUCAUGGUAGUAACAGCAUCAUCAUAUAACAGGGACGGAAGCGUCAUCACAGCAGUCCAAACAUUCAUGGUAGUAACCAUCCUCAGGAAAUCGUUUUUUUUUGUAAAUUUCAAUUAAGAAUAAAAUUGUAAACUAUG